GAGUUACAGAAAUUAUAGAUAAGGAUGGCAUAACAAGUAUGAAUUCAUUGUUGGUCACGGCUUUUUGAUAUUUUCGCAGGAUUUUGCUGAAUGGGCAACUUUUAGCUCAGAUUUCUUCUGUUUUUUCUAUUCUGAUGCUGGUUUUGUUGAAACUACUGCCGAUGACCUAAAACUGAAUUGGUGGCUUGAAUUUUGGUUUCACCUAUUUUGUUAAAACUGAAUUGGUGAUUUGUUUUCUGUUUGGCGAUAUAUGUUCUAGUUUUGUUGAUAUUUUGGGGAGGAUGAAAAGAGCUAUGCUGUUUCUGAUUUCUCCUGUGGUUUUUUGGCUGUGAUUAUGCAAUGUAGUUUAAGGGAUUUUUAAAUCAAUGGAUACUGGAUUUCCUUUAGGACUCUGAGGAAAGGAAAGCAAUGAUCAAGGACUCCAAGGGUAGGUGUGAGUCUUCAUCUCACAAGCUUGUGAAAGAAAAAACAAAGAAUCGCUUGGACCAGCUUCAAGCAUUAAUUACCAAGAAGAAUGAGAGCCAAACUAAUGACACUGCAACCUUGGUGGAAGUGAAUAAGAUGCUUCAGGAGUGGAAAGCUGAGCUCAAUGGGCCGUCUCCUGCAUCUUCUCUACUAGCUGAUAGUCUGGGAUCAUUUUCAGAGGAGUUAACACGUCUCUUGAGAACUGAUGAGGAGGAUGAUGCAAUAAGUCCAUUAAAGGAAUUUCUACCUGCGAAGCCAGAGAGUGAUCUACAAAAUCUUCAUUUGGGUAAUUUGAUGCAAUUUACAGAGGAUUUUUAUGUUUCUCCGGAGCCUCAAGAGCUUCAAGAAAGUUUUCAGGACUUUAAUUACUGUAAAGAUACUGCUUCAGGCUUUCAAGACUUCUAUCAAUGCAAUGAUACUGCUUCAGGCUUCCAGAAUCUAAUGGUCGACAACUCUGGUUUCGAUAAUCACUUUGAUUUUCAUCAAUAUGUCAAUGAAGGCCCAUUCAUUGAGGGAAACGAUGUCAAACAGCUCGAAGAGGAUGCCGUGCCAAAUGUUUUGCCAGUUAUCUCUCCUACUGAACCCCCUUUUUUGGGGCCAUCAUGUGCUCUUUGGGACUGUUCCAGGCCUGCAGAAUGUGGAAAGGACUAUUGCUGUAACUUUCAUGCUACCUCAGCAUUAGAAGAGGGUCAGCCCGGAAAAUCUCCAGUUUUUCGUCCUCGUGGCAUUUCUGUGAAGGACAGUGCACUUUUUGACGCUCUUAUUGCUUGGAAUCAAGGAAAAGCUGUGGGCAUACCCAAUUGUGAAGGGGCUGCUAUUCUAAAAUCUCCAUGGAAUGACUCUAAGCUAUUCAAUCUUUCUUUCCUUGAGGGUGAAGCAGUUAGAGAGUGGCUCUUUUUUGAUAAGCCUAGAAGGGCCUUUGGGUCAGGAAACAGAAGACAAAGGUCAUUGCCAGAUCAUAGUGGACGUGGUUGGCAUGAAUCCAGAAAGCAGAUCAUGAAGGAAUUUGAUGGGCAGAAAAGGUCAUAUUAUAUGGAUCCACAGCCUUCAAGUGAUCAGGAUUGGCAUUUGUUUGAAUAUGAGGUCAACAACUCUGAUGCCUGUGCUCUAUAUAGGUUGGAGUUAAAGUUUGGCAGUGUAAAGAGAAGUCCAAAAGGAAAAGUAUCAAAUGAGGUUGCUGAUCUGCAGAAGAAGAUGGGGAAGCUCACUGCUGAGGUUGCCACUGAUGGUGCAACGAAUGUCAAAGGAAAAGCCAAGAAAAAGGCUAAUGCUGGGAAUAUUUUUUCUUCUCAAAGUCCAAUGACUUCAACUCCCUAAACUCUGCACUGUCUUGGAAAUGUAACCGUGCUUAAAAUUAGAUGACUGGUAGUUGCAAAAACAUAGAGUUGGUUCAACUUGCCACUGCUAUGGCCGACUUUUGUAGUGUAAUUAGUUGACAAAACGUAUGCAAAGAAUCUAACUAGCCUUAUAUGUGAUCAUGUGAAUGUUGUGUGGUCUUUUCAAGGGUUAUUAGUCUAUUUUGGUGCUG